CUAAUGAGUUGGUUCUUCUUGCACCACCAGAGAGAGACGCAAAGAUUUGGUUUAUUUUCGAAUAUUUCUGCCCUGUUUUUGGGCAGUAUUUUUAUCUUCGACGGGGCAUUUUUACGCUCCUUCGAAUCCUCAUAUCGCUAACUCACAAAACAUCCAAAAAGGAUACAAACGGCGAAAAGAAUUACACGUUUUGACCCAUCUUUUAAUUGUGUGAAAUUAUGGAAUGCUGAACGCCAUGUUUGCAGUGUUUGAAAGUGCAAAGACUCGCAAGUCGUUGGACUUACAAGUGUAUGGGAGACGGGUUACAAAAUAUGGAAGGAGCAAAUCAGUACAUUCGCCCUUCCAGAACAAUGAACAACUCACCAACCACACAACGCCAAGGUAAUUCCCCCAAAUCAUUGGCCAAGGUUAAAAAUGGUCAACUCAAGUCACAGAAGCUUUCAAAAGGAGGAUUUCCGUUGGGAACGAACCAAAGAAAUCCUCCCCAGGAACGGGCAAAAGGAUAUCAAAACUCUCAAAGGAAAGGGAAUUUUGCCUAUAAACACCCACCAGCAAAAGCAUUAAGGCAGACUGAAAGAUUUAACCCGUUGGCAGUGCAGGAUGGUGAAAUGCAACUGGACUAUGAUUUUCCUGUGACGCCGUUAAAGAAAGAUGUCACAUCUCUGAAUCAUUUACUGAAUUUUACGUACGCUCCACUUCAACAAAACCACCAUCACCAUGGGUGGACGAAUAGAAGAAAAGUCAGCGGAAAGUGGAAUCAAUACAAUAAGGAGCAGUUCUUGCAAGCCAAUUGUCAGUUUGUGGUCCAGGCGAAUGGUGAUUAUGCAGUGAAUUUGGUUGAUCCUGAUGUGAUUGUUGAUUGGGAAUUGAUCGAACAAGUGCGUGUGAGAUGUAAAGAGAUGCCAUCUUGUCCUAUCUGUCUCUACCCACCAACUGCUGCACAAAUGACAAGAUGUGGUCAUAUCUAUUGCUGGUCAUGUAUCUUGCAUUAUUUAUCAUUGAGUGAAAAAACCUGGAAAAAGUGCCCUAUUUGUUAUGAGGCAGUCCACAAGAAAGACUUGAAAAGUGUCAUGGCUGUUUCAGACCAUACUCAUAACAUUGGUCAACAAAUAACAAUGACAUUGAUGAAGAGGGCAAAGUAUUCUGUUUUUGCCAUGCCAACAUCGAAAUGGGAGGAACGAACAUCAAUACCCCACCUUUCACCUGAUGGAACUGAAAUGCAGUUUUCAAAGCUGUUAAUUGCAUCACCUGAGGAAGUCCUAAAUGAGAUAAUGGCAAAAGAAAAAUCUGAAUUAGAAAGUCAGCUGAUUGGUGUUAUUGAUGAUGAGUCUGGAGAAGAAGAAUAUGUUAAACUUGCCAUUGAACAAUUUGAGGAAAAGGAAAAAAAAUUACUGGAAAUUUGUGAGAGGCAACCACAGAUUAACAACAGUGAUAAUGUUGGUGAAGUGAAUAGUCUUGUGGGUACACAUGAUGGAUGUAUGGAUGAUAUUGAACAUGCCAGUGGUGAAGAAAACCCUGCUAGUGGUGAAAGGCCUGUAGAUAACUCAAGUGGUGAGGUCCAUGUAGAAAACCCAGGUGGUGAAGAUGUCCAUGGUCGUACCUCCAUAUCCUCUGAUGAUUCCACAUGCUCCUCUCUAUCCUCUGAAAAUUCUCAGUUCUAUUAUUUUUACCAAGCUGAGGAUGGCCAACAUAUAUUUCUUCAUCCAGUAAAUGCCAGAUGUUUAAUAAAGGAAUAUGGAAGCUUGGAGAACUGUCCACAAACAAUUGAAGGAGAUAUUGUUGAAAUUGAAUGCCACACCCAAACUGAGGAGCUACGUCGUCGGUUCCGCUACCUCCGUCACCUGCCGCUAACCUGCGAGUUUGCGAUAUGCGAAAUAGACUUAAAACCACCGACUGUGUCUUGGGAGACUUUGCAAUAUUUCAAAGAUGAUAUACGUAAACGUCAUCUACAAAGGCAGAAGAAAGCGAAGGAGGAAGCUAAGCAUGACAAUAAAUGUAAAUCCAAGAUGACUACCUUCACUGGAACAAAACAUCAGCGAAACGAAUGUGUUGCUAUAGAGACACCAAACCUGGACAGUGAAAAAGACUUUCCACAGCAAGUUGGCUCCGGGCCUAAUGUCUGGAUUUCAUCAUCCCCUCCAGCCCAAGGCCCAUGGUCCUGUGGGAGGACAGGUCAAGAGAGUGCAGUGUCUGGUGCCUCAUUUGCAAAGGCAUUAUCCUCUGGUAAACCAACACCUCCAAGAUGUCCACCUCAAAAAACAAGGACUCAGUCUGAAGGAUCUCAUGCAGAUGCAAAUGACAAGAGCUCAGAUCAAGAACCAGAUGAAUGUGAGCCUAUUCCUUCAUUUCAAUCAGCAUUUACAGAUGCCCUUAUGAUGGCUGCUGAUCUAAACUUGAACAUUCCAGAUGUCUCUCAAGAAAGCAAAACUCUGAGUAGAAGAGAAAGGCGAAAAAGGAGCAAGGCAAAAGAAAAGAAACUCUUAUUUAGUACAGGCAAUUCCGCAAAAUUGUAAUUUUGACUAUAAGAAAUAUAAACCUUACUAUUGUUAA